AUGCCUGCGACGCAUGCCGGGCCCGCAAAGUCAGGACAUGCACAGCAACAACACCAACUCCAGGCUCAUCAGCAGCAGCAGGCUUUACCCGGGCCAUCUAACCAACAAAGCCCCUCGGCAUCGGACAUCACCUCGCCGGACCUCAACCUCGCCUACCAGACCUCGCCCGCCUCCUCAUCCGCCCACACGCACACCACCCCGCGCUCCCACUCACACAUAUCCGCCUCCGCCGUCGCAGCAGCAGCAGCAACAAUAACAGCAGCAGCAGCAACAUCCUCCUCCGCCUCGUCCGUCCCCGACCUGCGCGCCCUCAUCGGCGCCCCGAGCCCCGCCACGGGGUCGGGACCGGGCCACGGCACGACCAGCACCAGCAACUACCUCGCCCUCUUCGCGCCCGAGGCCCUCGUCCACCGCAUCCUGCACGACUGGUUCGAAAAAGUGCACUCCCUCGCGCCCGUCCUGCACCGGAGGCGCUUCAUGCACCGCCUCAAGGCCGGCGAGGCCGCCUCCGACCGCACCUUCUGCGCGCUCGUCGUCAGCGUCUGCGCCGCGACCGUCGCCACCCUCCGCCGCGCCGACUACCACCCCGUCACCGUCGAGGGCUGCCUUGACUUCAUCGAGGACCACCACCUGCUCGACCACGGCAUCCGCAAGCCCGCCUACUCGCUCGACUGGUGCAUCGCCAUGUACAACAUCGGCACCUCGGCCUCCUCCAUGAACGAGAACGGGCUGGGCGACAUGGGUUCGUUCCACGGCAUGUCCGAGGCUGCGGCGGGGGCGAGGUUUCUUGCGUAUUACCGCAUGGCUGACUUGGAUAUGUCCGAGCAGCAGCUGCUGAAGCGGCUCUUCUGGCUGAUCUUUGCGGCGUAUUGCAGCGCAGACAUCUUCGGCCGCCUCUCCGUCUCCAUAGUCUCCCACCAAGAAAACCGCGCCCACCUCCGCCCCCUCCCCCUCUCCGACUCCCAGCUCGACACCGGCCCGCAGCUCUCCCCCGCCGACGGCCUGGCCCCCUGGCACGGCGACACCACCUCCUACGUCCCGGGCCUCAACCACCUCAGCGACCUCUUCCUCAUCUGGCACGAGGCCCAGACCGCCCCCGUCAGCGUCUACGGCACCCAGGAAGACGCCCUCAAGCACUACCUCGCGCGCAUCCAGACCAUCAUCGACAGCUUCCCGCCCGAGCUCCGCUGGCGCGGCGGCCUCUCGCGCCCGGGACACAUCACCGAGGGCCACGACACGCAGAUCGCCAACCUCUUCAUCACGAGCCUCAACAUCCGCUCGAACCUGCUGCAGAAGUUCGGCAGCACGGUGAAGACGCGCGCCGCGGAGCACCAGCGCAUCGUGGACGACCUGCUCGAGAUUUUGUAUCAUAUGCCGCAGCACGUGCUGGAGCAGAACGGGAACAGUCUGAUCCCGAAGCUGCGCGACUGCGGGGCGGCGUACAUGGAGCAGAUGAACAUCGGGGAUGGCGGUGAUGGUGGUGGCGGCCCCGAGACGUUGGUGAGCGAGAGCGCGCGGCUCAAGUUGGAGAAGCUGUUGAGGAAGCUGGAUGAUAUCGAUUGUUGGCCGGGACUCCCCGGGGUGGAGAGCCCGCAGAGCAAUAGACAAUAG